UUACCCCCUCCAACCCCUGCGGCUUCUUUGGUGAAGCCUGAACAGCGCAGGCCGAAAUGACUUCCAAAGUCCUGCUCCGACCGACCUACACUCCUGGAUCAGUUUUAGCUAAAUUGGUGGAUGAAGGGCUUCAGCGCACCGGGUGCCACUGGAGUAUGGGAGAGGCUGGAGAGGCCUCGGGGGUUCUGAGGGUUCCCUAGGUGGGGUUUCUCAGCCCGCGGGGCGCUCCCAAACCUGCCGGUGGACGUGAAAUCCCUUUCUAGACGACCACCUUCCGGCCCAGCGGGACGUUCCAGCCGCGGUGUGUUCCCAGCCCGGCACUUCCUCGUUCCCGCGCCCGGGCUCGGCUGCUACGCCCAGCGCCGGCGCUCCUCGGUCGGGAGGGGGUCAGAGGGGAGGUGUCACAACCGCCUCCCUCCCUCUUCCCAGCCGUGGCGCGCAGUCCCCUCCCAGAUGAGCGCGCUCGCAGACAGCUGCGGGCCGCCGGCCGCCGGGCAUGUCCCUUGAUUGCGCGCUGGCGGCGGGCACUGGGCCCCCGCGCAUCCUGGAGCGGGUCAACCGAACACGCUUCUCCUUCUUCUCCGAAGUCAAGGGCGACCACCGGCUGGUGCUGAGCGCCGUGGAGACCGUCGUGCUGGCGCUCAUCUUUGCGGUGUCGCUGCUGGGCAACGUGGGUGCCUUGGUGCUGGUGGCGCGCCGACGGCGCCGCGGCACCACCGCCUGCCUGGUGCUCAACCUCUUCUGCGCCGACCUUCUCUUCACCAGCGCCAUCCCGCUGGUGCUGGCCGUGCGCUGGACCGAGGCCUGGAUGCUGGGCCCGGUCGCCUGCCAUCUGCUCCUCUACGUGAUGACCCUGAGCGGCAGCGUCACCAUCCUCACGCUGGCGGCCGUCAGCCUGGAGCGCGUGGUGUGCAUCGUGCGCCUGCAGCGCGGGGUGCGGGGCCCCGGCCCGAGGGCUCGGGCGGCGCUGCUCGCGCUCAUCUGGGGCUACUCCGCGCUCGCCGCGCUGCCCCUCUGCGUCUUCUUCCACGUCCUCCCACAGCGGCUUCCGGGCUCCGAGCAGGAAAUUCUGAUUUGCACACUGGUUUGGCCCAGCAUCGCCGGAGAAAUCUCCUGGGAUGUGUCCUUCGUCACCCUGAACUUCUUGGUGCCAGGACUGCUCAUUGUGAUCAGCUACUCCAAAAUUUUACAGAUCACCAAGGCGUCGCGCCGGAGGCUGACGGUGAGCCUGGCGUACUCGGAGAGCCACCAGAUCCGCGUGUCGCAGCAGGACUUCCGGCUCUUCCGCACCCUCUUCCUGCUCAUGAUCUCCUUCUUCAUCAUGUGGAGCCCCAUCAUCAUCACCAUCCUGCUCAUCCUGAUCCAGAACUUCAAGCAGGACCUGGUCAUCUGGCCAUCACUCUUCUUCUGGGUGGUGGCCUUCACGUUCGCCAACGCGGCCCUGAACCCCAUCCUCUACAACAUGUCCCUGUUCAGGAACGAAUGGAGGAAAAUUUUCCGGGGCAUCUUCUUCCCAGACAAGGGAGCCAUGUUUACAGACACGUCUCUCAGGAGAAAUGACCUGUCCAUCAUUUCCACAUAAUUAAUUUUUCUCUAGAGGCAGAGUGGGUCACUCUGGUGAGCCACUGGUGUGUCUUCGAAGGGAGUGCAUCUCCAGGACCCUCACACCAGGGUGCCCUGCUUUAGGAAGAUGUAACCUAUGCAAAUAUGUUCAGGGCACCAGUAAAUUAAGGGGAGAUCCUUCAGCGAAAGCAUUGUAGCCUUUAUAAAAGGAUUUGUUAUGGGUUUCUUGAAAUAUGAA